UAACAUAACCUUCAAGUUUACUAUCCUUGUCUCUCACUCGACAAUUUUGAAACAAAAACAAAUCCAUCCUUCCAAUCGUGGUACACUUCCAAUUCCCAUGUCGUACUACUUUAAUUAUAAACAAUUAUUAUUUUUAUUCAAUGUUUUAAGUAAGUAAUCCCAUCCUAAAAUUGAUAGUCAAUAUGGACAAUGACCACGACGUUAAAAAAACAUCAUCUGGAGAUAACCUAACAACAAAUAACCAGACAGUAGAUAUGGCUAAUAGUAACGAGAAAGGCAAUAAUCAGAAUGUCGAUUCCGAAUACGAAUCAAUCUAUGAUUCUAGCAACGAUCAAGAUGAUGAAAACGUGCACGAGGAGGAAGGCUUCGAAAGCGAAGGCAGCGUAGGGUUAGAAAGGGAAGAAGGCGAUGGACAGGAAAGUGUUGCAAAUAAAAAAGUCGACGACGAUGAAGACAAAAAGAAUCCACAGUACAUACCUAAGAGGGGUACGUUUUAUGAACAUGACGAUCGUACGAUGGAAGAGAGUAACGAAAAUCGAGAAGAAGAGGAGAAAGUUGAAAAGCAAAAUAAAAAAAUUGUAUGGGUUGAGAAGAAGGAACGGUGGUCACACGAUCGAUAUAAUGAUAAUGAACAGGCUCCGAAAUCUCGAUCUGAAUUGGUGGCAAUUUACGGUUAUGAUAUACGAAAUGAGGAUGGGCCUCCGAAGGCUAGGAGGCGUAGAAGAUAUGGGCGAGGACCAAAUAAGUACACCAGGACGUGGGAGGACGAGGACGCUUAUAAAGCCACAAAGCCUGUAAAACCAAUCAAAACUAAAAGCAAAAAUAGGGAAGAAUAUCCACCAUUAAGCGAAAAUAAUGAAGAGAAGAGACAAUCUAAUAUUACAGAAUCUUCCUUUCAAUCAACUGAAAGACAUGAUUCCAAUAAUGAAGAACUGGAACCGCCAACAGAAAAUCCUAAACCUUCACAAACACAACCUGACCAAAAUGUUUCAUCUAGUGAUCAAACUAAAGUGACACCCCCAAAUCAAAGAGCUGGAACUGGCCGGGUAAAAACUAAAUCAGAAAUUCAGCGCAAAGAUUACAGGGGUUUCACAAAGUCGCGUGAAUUUAGCAAUUCCAAUUCCAAAUCGGAGCAGGCAGUAUCAAGAGCACCAAAAGUUGAGCCUCGCCAAGACUAUAAAGCCAACGAAAUGGAAAAUUUGGAACAAGAUAUGAACCAAAUAAAUAUUCAAGAUCAUGCUUCCAAGAUGUCUAACAAGCAGCAGAGUAAUCAUCGCCAAAAUAAUGUACCUCCUCGGUUGCAAGCAGAACAGAAAGGUUCCUCGAAACGUUAUAGUUCUUUACGUCAACGUUCAUUGCCAGAAACGGCUACUCCCAAUUAUAGUCAAGCAGCAAAUUAUUAUCCUAAUGAAUACACUGGUACUACACCUACAGCUCCCCCUCCAUCUCUAUUACCUCAACCCACCACAUUGCACGCACCUACUCAAGUGACUCAAAUACCCCCACCUCCUUUAGCUACACUACCUCAACCCGUUUCCGUAACCUCAAAUCCAAUUUUGCAAGCACCUCCUCCAUUUGCAACUACAUUUCCACAACCGGCAGCUCCAUUUUUAUCACCACCCGUCGCUACUCCGCCAUUUUUGCCUCAGCAAGCGCCACCUUUAAUCAAUUAUGUUCAAAGUCAAGCCCAGUUUCCUCCGCAAGCGGCUCCUUACCAAGGGUAUCAACAGUUUAACGCAGUGAACACAGCUGAUUUAUAUCAAUGCCAAGGAGGAACCACGUAUUAUUCCACACAAGGUCAACAGUUAGGUCAAAGGAUGGUGCCGCAGAAGCGUCCUAAAGCUGCGAUUCCAAUUGUAGCACCUCCCAUACCUGAACCCAGAGGGCGGGGUAGAUCGAUCAAUAAUCAUAUGGAAUCCCCACCCCUUUUAGAAAGUACAGUUUGCGAAACUAUAAUAAGUGAAAAUUGUAAUUAUGAGGAUAUUGUGUAUGUUCAACAAUGAACAUAUAUACAAUAUGGACACCUAAAUAUUUAAUAUUCUUUCUAUUUUAACAUUUAUUUAUUCAUUUUGAUAAUUAUUAAUUAAUCCAUCUAUAUGCAAGAUAUAGAAAAUGUUUCAUACUUAAAACAGUUAAGUACCACAUCCCGAAUCUGUAAUGAAUUUUUUUUUAUGCGGUGGUUUAAAUGUUUUAACGAUUUUUAUUUCUUUUUGUUAAACAAUAAUUGGGUUGCAAUACAUUAUAAUAUAUGUUAUUUUUCUGUUA